AUGGGUCUGUUGUUGGGUGUCGUCUGUGCAGGUUUGUUUGCUUUAAAUAAACCUCAAUUUGAAGAAAUUACAUGGAAAGAAUUCUUAACCAAUUACCUGGCUCGUGGAGUGGUAGAUAGGUUGGAAGUGGUGAACAAGAGAUGGGUUAGGAUAAAGUUGCUCCCUGGAACUCAAGUGGAAUCUCACACAACAAUAUGGUUCAACAUUGGAAGUGUGGAGGCCUUCGAGAGGAAUGUUGAGAAUGCCCAACUUGAGAUGAACAUCGAGCCAAGCAACUUUGUCACAAUUGUCUACAAGACCGAAACUGAACUGGCCAGUGUAGCAUUGUCAGUGUUGAAUGUAGUUGGCCCAUUGAUUUUCAUAUUCUGGUUGCUCAAGAGAUCAACAUCAGGCUUCAUGGGUGGCCGACCGGGGGGCAGCAGUCGUCCAGGGGGGUUGUUUGGUUUUGGGCAAACAACCGCAAAAAUUAUUAAAGAUGAUGUUGGAGUUAGAUUCAAAGAUGUAGCUGGUUGUGAGGAGGCAAAGCUUGAGAUCAUGGAGUUUGUUAACUUUCUGAAAAAUCCUCAACAGUAUGAAGAACUUGGUGCUAAAAUUCCUAAAGGCGCCAUGUUGACUGGGCCACCGGGAACUGGCAAGACCCUGCUAGCAAAAGCAACAGCUGGUGAAGCAAACGUUCCAUUCAUAACCGUGUCUGGUUCGGAGUUCUUGGAGAUGUUUGUCGGCGUUGGACCCUCCAGAGUUCGCGACAUGUUUUCACUGGCUCGCAAGAAUGCCCCGUGCAUCCUGUUCAUUGAUGAGAUUGAUGCGGUUGGUCGGAAGAGAGGGGGUAAAAGUUUUGGAGGCCACAGUGAACAGGAGAACACGCUCAACCAACUUCUCGUAGAGAUGGAUGGUUUCUCCCCACAGUCGAGUGUUGUCGUCUUGGCAGCAACAAACAGGGUUGAUAUAUUAGACCCUGCACUUCUAAGACCUGGAAGAUUUGACAGGCAGAUUUAUGUCGGUGCCCCUGAUAUCAAGGGCAGGGCCUCAAUAUUUAAAGUGCAUCUGAGACCACUGAAAACUGAACUCAACAAGGAUGACCUGGCAAGGAAGAUGGCUGCACUCACACCUGGCUUCUCUGGAGCUGACAUAGCAAAUGUGUGCAACGAGGCGGCACUCAUUGCUGCUCGUGACCUGCACAGCUCCAUUCAAAUGAAUCAUUUCGAACAAGCCAUUGAAAGGGUGGUUGCUGGUCUUGAGAAAAAAACACAAGUUCUGCAGCCAGAUGAGAAAAAGACAGUUGCCUAUCACGAAGCUGGUCACGCUGUGGCUGGCUGGUUCCUCCAACAUGCUGAUCCUCUGCUCAAGGUGUCCAUCAUUCCUAGAGGCAAAGGAUUGGGCUACGCCCAGUACCUCCCCAAAGAACAAUAUUUAUACACGAAAGAACAAAUAUUGGACCGAAUGUGCAUGGCACUCGGGGGCAGGGUAUCUGAACAAAUAUUUUUCAACCGCAUCACCUCAGGUGCACAAGAUGACCUUCAGAAGGUCACUCAGAUGGCUUACUCACAGGUAGCACAAUUGGGAAUGAGUGAAAGAUUGGGACACAUAUCCUUCCAGCAACCGCAACCAGGUGAGAUGGUGUUCGACAAGCCGUACAGUGAGGAAACUGCUCGAAUGAUUGACGAGGAGGUCAGAGUCAUCAUCAAGAAUGCAUAUGACAGGACGCAUGAGUUACUUACCAAGCAUAAAAAUGAUAUUGUGAAAGUUGCUGAAAGAUUGUUAGAAAAAGAGAAACUGGAUAAAGAGGAUAUGGUAGAGCUUAUUGGAAAUCGACCAUUUGCUGAGAAGACAACAUAUGAAGAUUUCGUGGAAGGAACAGGUUCCCUUGAGGAGAGCACACAACUACCGAAAGGACUUGAAAACUGGAACAAAGGUAAAACAACGGAAGACGAAAAAACGACAACAAAACCGUCGGAAAAUAAAAACUUAUAA